AUGCUUUGUGUCUAUGGUAGUGCUGGCGAUCUUCCGGCGUCUUGGCUUUUCGGCCUUCGGUCCACCACAGCAUCGACUCCGAGUCAUUUAUCUAUAUCACAGGCGCACCGUGGCCUAUCAUCUUUCGUCCAGUCAAUUCUCCCUUCUCACUCACCCUCACUCUUUUAUAUGAAGAUCAGGAUGCCCUUACCAGAACCCCACAUAACCCCAGACAGUUUCUUCCACGAAACCACAAUCCCAACCCGCACACCCGCAUCUUCACAAGCAACCCACUAUCCCACGACAAUCUACUUUAUAACCGGGAACCCGGGUCUCAUCUCAUACUAUCACGCAUUCCUUUCCUCACUAGGCCAGAAACUCUCCGCAUUGCCAGGGGAUGGGUCGCCAAACUCCGAGAGUGAAAAGGGUGGAAAGAACUCGGUCCACAUCCUCGGGCAUAGUCUAGCUGGGUUUGAACUUGAAUCGUCGACCAAGAGCAAGAAGGAUGGAAUUGGAAAUAUGGAUGGGGAUGGGGACCACUACUUCUCCCUCGAAGAGCAGAUCUGCUUCGUGCAGCGGAGGCUGAGCGGUCAUAUGGCUGAUCUAUGGAAGACGUCCACCAGCUCGAUGACCAAAAGCAGGCCCAAGGUAAUCCUCAUCGGCCACUCAGUUGGCACGUACAUGGCGAUGGAGAUUCUGCGGCGGCAUCGCGAGACUCACAGUGAAAAGAGUGAGCAGCAGAAUUUUGAUAUCGUUGGUGGCAUCCUGCUUUUCCCCACGGUCAAAGAUAUUGCUGCGUCGCCGUCCGGGAAGAAGUUGACGUUCCUCCUCCGCCUGAUCCCCCAACUCGCCCUGGUUGUAUCAAUCUUCGCCCGGAUAUUGGUGACUCUCCUCCCGGCAUCGAUACUCUCAGGCGCGGUAAACCUCGUUAUGAAGGGCCCACCGCGCGAAGCAGCACAUGCGACGUGCGAGUUCUUGCGGAGUAAGCGAGGUGUAAGGCAGGCUCUCCACAUGGCUGCCGACGAAAUGCGCACGAUCACAUCUGAUAAAUGGAGUGAUGACGUUUGGGGUGUUUCGUCUCCUUCGGCGGCGAAGACAGAAUCGGAGCUGGCACCUCCCGCGCAGCUGUUUUUCUACUUCGGACGAAAUGACCAUUGGGUUGCGGAGCGGACGAGAGAGGAGAUUAUCACAUCUAGAGGGAGUGUGAAUGAGAAGGAGGGGGAGGGGCCCAGGAUGGUUGUCUGCGAGGAGGCAGUGCCGCAUGCCUUCUGUCUGAGGCAUAGUGAACUUAUGGCGGGGAAAACGGCCGAUAUGAUUCAGGAGAUCUUGGGUUAA